AUGUCUUAUUCUUCUUCUGUUGAAAUCCAUGGAAAGGUUGAUAUGACUAUUCAAUGUGAGAAAGUGAUUCCAGAGUGGCUUGAUGGUUUGCUAGAAAAGACAUUUUUUGGUAGAUGUGAGAGUCAUGAUUUUUCAAAGAAUGAUUUGAAUAGGUAUUGCAUUACUUGCGAUUCCUCAAAUUGCAAGUAUUGCAUCGCAUCAGGUACCCACAACGAUCACAAGCUACUCACCAUUUAUCGUCAUGUCUAUCAAGAUGUGGUACCUCUCAAGGAGAUCGAGAAUCAUCUUGAUUGUUCAACAAUUCAGCCUUACAAAUGCAACAAAAAGUGGGUUGUGUCGCUAAAGCCGCUUCCCCACAAUGGUUCAGGUUCCCACAUGGACGGCGAUGAAGCAUGCCAUGUGUGUAAGAGAAAAUUGAAUGACUUUGACCGUUAUAGCUUCUGCUGCUUAGCUUGCAAGGUGCAAGCAUUCUACGAAAGAAGCAAGUCUUCUGUAGCUACGGGGAUGCUUACAGAAGGAAGGGACGAGGUUGAGCAACCUACGAAUCCAAACAAGCGUAAGCGUAGUAGAAAAGGGGUUCCUUGCAGGGCUGCUAUUUAA